GCGUUGUGUGGCGGUCCUGAGACGGUUGCCAGGCAACCUGCGCUGCAUUGAUAUGCGAGUUGGAGGGAAUCAGGGGAAGCCUUCUGCCUCUGGAGCAUCAGCGCUGGGCGGUGCGACUCCCACCAAACACGAGCUCUCUCGUCUGUCUGAUAACACACGCUCAAGGCUUCGCAGCUCAAAAGAUCACUUUUGCACUCUAAGGUACUUAACGUCCUAGUUUUGAGCACCUUUUUAACCUCGGAGAAGCAGAACGAGGUCAGGAACUCUUUGAACACCUGAAGUUCUAAAGGACUGAGAAUCCAAGAGCAUAUGGAGUUUCUUAACGGGGUUUUGGCUAAUUAAAAAGAGGUACCGCCGAUAACUGAACCACCCUCUCUUAUCCGUUCAUCCACGAAAGAACAAAGAGAGAGAGCGUUUCGCACGAGAAGCUCAUGACAGCUCAACUCGGGAACAACUGAGAUGAAACUGGGCAGGAAAACACCGGAGCGCCACGAGAAAUGACACGCGUCAGACGCCUGGAAAGCGCAGCCUCUCUUCUUCAGUCUGGAACUUCCUCCUAGCUAAAGGAUGAUGGGAUACGACUUCUCGCUGAGCGGCCAGGGAUGUGUGUGUGUUUCAGAAAGACGGUCCCGCUCAGCAUGUCCGAUGCUAUGUUCCUCCUGAUGCUGUGCAAGACUGGUGUGAGAGGAAAACUACAGACUUCUCCAAGGAAAAUGGUAAACACUGCUCUGAGUGAUGAGGAAAAGGGCAUUCAAGACAAGGAAAGCAAGGAAGAGUCCAUUCUGGCCAUGCUGGGAAUCAUCGGGACGAUCCUCAACCUUGUCGUCAUCAUCUUUGUCUACAUCUACACCACCCUCUAAAAUCCACAACUCUGGAAUUCACUGGAACUGUGAUCGGCAGUGAAAUUCUGGCAUGGAAAAACCAGGCCGUUCCACCAGGGGAUCAUGGGAAUACAGACACUGCUGCGAUGGAGUCGCGCAUCCACAGGGAAAAACACGGAGAACAGAUUCCCUUCAAACACAGACGAUACCAGGAACUACAUAAGCUGUAAAUAUGCACGUUAUUUCCAUAUUCCCAUCCCGGAUCCGGCAAAACAGGAGCGUUUCUAUGCAUGGCUCAGUCCACAGGACGUUCCCAUUCAGCGGUUUUUAAUAGUAAACACACAAUGUUUCUUACAUCUUCUGCAGGCUACAGUUUCAGGUUUAUACUGUAUUAAAAACGUUGCUGUUUACAAUAAAUUGCUUAUUAUUAGACCUGAGCUUUGAAAUAGAUCUUGAUAUAGACUGAAUUUUGUCAUGAGCAUUUUAAUACACAGUACAUAUGUACAGCAUUCAGUAGUUUGGCUGUAAAGCGUGUCAUUCUGCAAAUUAUUUAACUAUUUAGUUAUAUUGUGCAAUGCUUAUUUGCAGAUCUUGUUCAGUAUUGCUUAGUGUGGGUUAAAGCAGUUUUAGGAUGUGGGGUGGUUUAUUAAAUCAGUUUUCUGUGAAGGUGUUUAUGUAUGUGAAUUCAAGAUAAUACCGUUUCCCAUUGUUUUGAAUGAGAGAAGUCUUUGUUUACUCAAACAGACAGACUGUUCAUCAUACGUACAGACAGUGUUGCCUUAAGAAUGAUCUACACAUUCAUAUCUGCAUCAUUUCAGACAAUAUUUCAUUGCUUAUUGAUGCACAGACACAUAAAAGCCCACAAAAGCAUAUUAUUUUAUAAAUUAUUUGUAAAUCAUUUAAUUCAUUUCAUGCAAACAGUUUUUUAUUUCUAUAUUUUGUCCUAAUACCAACAUGAGACUAAUGUUAAUAAAAGCACAAGAAUAUAUUUGCAGAAUGAAUGAAUGUACAUUACGUCAGUGAAGUAUUUUAGACAGAACAUAUAUGAAACCUAGUUAUCAGUGCAUAAAGUGCCUGUACUUCUGCAAGAUAUUCUCUAGCUUCUGUGUUUAAAUAAUCUUACUGUAUAUUAGUAAUAUGACAAGUCUUAAAGUCUUACAGUAAUGGUAGUUUUCCUAUCUUACAGCUUCUGUUUUGAAAAGUUUAUAAUAACAGCAGGAGAUGAGAAUGGAGUUGAAGGUUUUAUGGCUGAUCUUCAGAUACACAAUUUAAUAUCAUAAACUGGCAGACUCUCCUAAAUGUGUAAAUCACGUCAAAUUAUGUUCAUAUUGUAUUUUAGUUAACUUUAAUUUCAUAUCUAUGAGGACAGAAUGGUUUAGCAUUAUAGUAAUACUACUUUGUACAUGGGCGAUCUUGUCUAAAACUCUUUUAUGUAUUUGAACGUAAUAUUGCUACUGCUGAUUUAGUAAAGACUGAUAAAAUUAUUGAAAAAUGUUCUUAUUAAAUAAAUGGACUUGCUUAUUUCUUCAUCAAACUGCAUUUUAAAGAGACAAAGUCAAACACCAUCUGGUUUUAUUCAAUAUUGCAACUGUUUUUCUGUCAAAUCCACUGUACGGCUAUUUGGAUUGUGUGUAAUUACGGGAUGGAUGUUAGGCACAGUUGCCUAGCAACAAGUAGUUAAUUGAAAAAUUUCCAAACGUUGAGCAUUGCUGUCCUGUUUGAGCUCAAGGAAUUGAUUUCUGAACAUCAUGAGUUUUAAUGUUUUACUGCAAAAAAUUAAGUCAUUAAAGUUGUGUAACCGUCAAAUCUAAAGUGUAAUAUUCGGACCACAACAAAUCACUUUGCAUUAUACGGGUGUCAAAAUAAUUGGGGUUUUUAAAGGUGUGCUGAAAUAAAGCUUUUCAAAGAAAGAAGGGCAGACAGAGGC